AUGGAGCAUGCUAAUGACACCGUCUAUCACCCACCGUAUGAGGACGAUCCUCUGGACCAAGUAACUAUGGACGGUGUUCCGGUGAAUGUGGUGUUGCAUGACAUGGUGGACGUGGCCGACGCUUCGUGGCAUUUGGUGUGUGCAGAUGAAGAGACGUGUAUCCGCUGGUGCAUGGAAAUCAGCCUGUUAGCCGAGUCCAUGUCAUGCCCCCAGUGUUUAGGUGCUAUGAGUUUUGCUAUGAACACCAAGCGCUGGUGGUGCCACCGUAGGGCCUGCGAAGGCGGUGGACAUAUCGAGCUUGGAAUGCGAUUCAAGUCCUGGUUCCAAGGUACCAGAAUCCCAAUGACGAAAUUGGUACGUCUGUUGUUUGCGUGGGCAUCAAGAAUGCCGCUGGGUGUCGUCAUCGCGGAAGAAGAAAUCUCCAUCGAGGCUGGCGUGGAUUGGUACAACUAUUGUCGCGAGCUCUGUUCCAGUGAAGUGCUGCGGUGGCCUAUGGUGGUCGGUGGUAGCGGCAUCACCGUUGAGAUCGAUGAGACUUCCAUGAAAAAGAAGACUUGCGGGGGAUUAAGCAGGGGAGAGUCCUAUGAACACCCGGUAGCGGCGCCAGCCAUUCCCUUGUGCAUCGUCGGUUCAUCCUGCGGCCUCAUCACGCGGCUCGACUAA